AAGAAUCAACACGCUUUCCACACAAAUUGAUAUAUCAUAUAUCUUUGAUGUUUCUCAACAAAUGUGCCGUGUUGCUGCAGAGAUAUUCAAUGAUGCGCUUCCAUGUCUUUCAAAAACCAUGAAAUAUUGUUUAGUGUAUUUGUGCUUCAUGUUGCUGUUGAACGUUGGUCUCGGGAUUAGAGGGUUUUCAAAUUACCUCCUUUGUAUCAACGAGUCCGCUUUACCGGUCAGAGAUCGAGAUCCAGAAUGUGAGCGGAAGGCAGAAGAGGGAUCUUGUGAUUUUUUCGACUGUUAUGAGAAUCGGUUUCCAUGCCGAACAUGUGGCUUUGCGGCCGACCCAGAACGCAACUACUGUAGACGAUUCUUCAAUAAUUACAGUAACUUUGACCGGCAGGGUCAGCAAUGGAUCACGUCCGCACACCAGUGCCUUACUAGAGUCAUGUUGUCCCUUUACGUCCAGAACUCGGUCAGCUGUAAAGUCAGUAAAAGGACAAUGGUGGACGCUGUCUCUUACUGCUAUCACGGAAAUUCUACGCUGUCUUUUUGCGACAUCUUCCAGACCAACCAGUACGCAUUUCUCCAGUUAUACAACAGACGGAACAUGUUUGAAAUGAUAAGGGCUACUACUGAAUUACGAGAACUUAGACAACUGUGUGAGCUGUCGGACCAACAGUUACCUUUCGCACCGAUACACAAGUGAAUCACAAUGUACAGCGUUAACUUUGAAAGCAAUCCGUGCGCAGUUUGUGACAUGUGUAGUCUUUAAAAAAACACACAGACGUGAUGUAUGUCUGCAUAUAUAAGACAUCCAAUAAGUGCAACGGACACCGUGUUAGUUGUCUAGUAUUUUUGAGUGUGAGUAUAAACGGUUAUCUGUUUAGCGUACCCAUAGGUACCAAGUUUGUUUGCACAGUGAGUAGAAACAUCGACAUCUGUUUGAACAAUGUUUGUCCCAACCGAUGGAAGAGGAGGACAUUCAUUUGGAGUUAAAACCAUGGUGCAUGAAUAGAUUAUACUCGGGAAUGGAUAUUGUGUCCGACGCGGUUACCGUGAUGUGCCAGUUGUAAUUAAUGACACUGCAAACAAAAUUUGUGAAAAAGGGUUUCAGGAAUGCUUAUUGAUGAUAACAACAUGGAACAACAGGAUUUUUAAGAAUCAAUAAAUAUCGAACUAUUACAAUGUCAUGAGCGAUAACUGGUGCAGUCCUAAAGUAGUACAUUGUAGAUCUCAUUAUUUUAUUUUUUUGUAUUUUUUAAAUCUCUAACAAUUUUAUUUUAGCCAUGAAAUCAUUUUAUUUACCAUUCAUAUUCAAUAUGAAAGACAUUUUUCACUACUAUUUCAUAAGAUUGCUAACCAUUAAACGGAAAUUCUAUGAAGCACACCAGAAUACCAAAUGAAAGAAGUUUUAUGCAUAAAUUGAUAUGAGAGUCUAAUUUUAUAGAAAAUUCAAUGAAACCAUGGGCGCGUUUGGCAACAAGAAAGUUUGUGCGAUUUUUGUCUUUUUCGUCAAGGUAGCGCUCCCGAACAGCCAUGGAAGACAUGAAGACGGUAGGUAGCUCACAAGAUAUAUGUUACCAAGAUGGCGGGAGAGGUAAAUAUCUCAAAAAAUAAAAUCCCUUAUUUUUAAAACAUGUCUGUAUACAAUAUGCACAUAGUUCACCUAAAAUCAUUUGUCAAUUUCUUUGCUACCGAACGCAGGUCUAAAAUACCAAAAAUCAAAAACAUUAAAAACAAAGGUCUCUUAACUUCACACUACCUAUGAUACGUUGCUGUGGCACAUCAAUCAUAGAGACUUAUUCCGGACAAAAGCCACUAAUACUGAACAAAACCGUACAACUACGCAAUUAAUAAACUCUUAAAAGUUAAUGGCAAAAAAACAGCGGAAUAUGUUGAGAUCCCAUCCAAAAAAAGCUCACUAACUUUCUGCCAAGUGUGUCUUCAUUCCAAUGUACACCAUUUGAUAUAAAAUAUAAUAUACAACAAUUGAUAUAGUUCUCUAUCUAGCUAACAUAACCCACACAAAAGUGCUUUAUAGUACAUAGAGUCCGGUACACAAUUGAUACAAUUAGCAUAUACAUUUAUCAAUAGUAAUGUUUGAUUCCAAAAUGGCGUCAAAGAUAACAGUUCUAAUCCCUGCACCCUUUUUAAUGACAUUUUCACAUACAUACAUUUCACAACAGUUUUUCAGGUUGGUAAAUAUAUAUUGUAUGGAGCUUCAUAUAAUAACAACCACUAAAAUGAUUUUAAUUGAUUUUUCGAUAAGCAGUGAUACAAGUCGAUUCGGCCACGCUUUAAAUAUUGGAACCUUUUUUUGAGUGAUCGAGAUUCGACUUGGCGAUUUCAUUUCCAUUUCGAUUUGUUUUGAUUUAACAUCUGCAUAAAUGUACAUACGUUUAACUGGUUAUUUGUCUGUUGAAGGCAUAUGCUGUGCUAAAGUUAUCGAAACGUCACAUAUAAACAUUUCACCGGUUGUAUUAUAUGAAAUUGCAUAUAAUUCCUGUAAAUACAGUUUUGUUAAAUAUUUUAUUUGUAAAAAUUGUAUUUAAAUAUAUGUACAUAUGUUGUACGUUGUAUUUUAUCAGAAUGUAAACAUUUAUUUUUUUGGUGUUUAUAUACAUGCAUAUUUGUAUGAAACUUGUUUUCAACAUUUCACGCCAACGCACAAAUAAUGAAUUUAGUCUAUGUGUAUGUAUAUUAUGAAGUUUAAGUGUACAUCUUAGAUAUUUAAUUGAAAAAGAUAUAUCUUUUCUUUAUUACCUCUAACCUGAAUAUUACAUAAACCGAAUUACAAACUUCUCAUAUGUUUUCCGUGAAAACAUGCAUAUACUUAGUACAUGAAACUUGCUAAAAGUUUGGUCUUGUGAAUGCGUUUUUCAUUGGUCAGUUACCGAGGGUUAUCUCCGACGUACACCAUUAUAUGCACGUGCAACGCUACAGAAAAGUUUAACAUCUGCAUAAUCAAAUAGCAUACCUUUAUAUAUGUAGAAACUAGCCAGCGUCUGCUUGCGAUCAAUCAACAAGCCAUUUGCAGUAACUACCUCUUGCUUGUUUAACUGUUUUUACUGCCUCUAGGUUGCGUGUUCAUCAGCUAAACCAGAAAUCAGAACACGUCUGGUUAUUUAUAUAUACAAUGUAUAUAUAUUUAUUUGCAUUUCUUUGGUAGAUCUGGUUAAUUAGUGAGAAAAAAAUAGAAUUCGUAAAAUUUGAUGCUACAUACAUAAUGUACUAGAUACUCUCGGCAAAAUGUGUGUAUACUUUGUAAACAUAAUAUAUAACUCGACACUGGAAAAUGUAAGUAAAUAAUAAUAAACUCGGGCUAAUCGGCAUUCGUUAAUAUUUCACAUUUUCUUUCCUUCGUUAUGUUAUCUUCCAUUAUACAAGCAUGUUUUUGCUGAUUAUAUUUAGACACCUCUCUGACAUACCAAGUUACGUAAUUACGAUGACGUAGUACACGUAAAUACGAUGACGUAGCACACGUAAAUACGAUGACGUAUCACACAUAUCAUAUUCACGACUUACUUGUACAUAUUAGUUUUACUUUGAGUAAAGUAUGACCGUACUUUUCCUACCAAUAACCGAUGUUAAAUAUUUAUGCGCACAGUUUUACUGAAUAGAUGGGUUUUUUUUGGGAAAAUAGUAUGUAUAUAAUUUAUA